AUGAAGCUCUUAAGUUUGGUCAUGAGCUUCUUGGCACUUGCAGCGGAGGAGCGUCCGGCUUUUCAACGUCUCUCCAAGGGGGCCCACUGUUGGUUGACGUAUGCAUUCAACAAGGUCUCCCCAGAAGCACGCGUCGAGCGAGGUAGGGAAGGGAACCUCUGCGGCAAGGUGAAACGCCGUGGCGAUGAGGACUACGUGAGACUCGCCCCCAUGUUGUCUCAGCGGCGAGCUAUAUUGAGUUUGGAACAAGUUGCGUUGAUCGCUGCAAAACUUGUCGUAAAAUGCUUCGACCUGGCCGGUUGCAGCGACGGGGACGUCAAAUUCGGGGCUAAAGAGCGCGGCUACUUCGCCUUUGUCGCGGACAACCCCCAAAACCCAGAGAUCGCCGACACGGAUGGGAAGGAGGAUCUGCGAAGUAGCGAGGUCCAAUGCUUUCGCCUCAUGGGGAUCGAAGCCUAUGAAUCGCCCCUGCGUGACGGUCUCAAUGAAGUGGAGGGCUGCUUUGAAUGUCUACCCGUUGCGACUGCGUUUCUGGGCGCACGGAGGGAGGCUCCAAUAGCCGGCAUCGAUCUCGGCACUUCCUAUUGCUGUGUUUUCGUAAACGGCAGGCUCAUAUCCAUCGCGUACGGCGAAAACGUGUGUCCCACCGUUGUUCAUAGCAAGAAUGGCAGGUGGACGCUGCCCCGGCGGGCAGAUACCAAAGGCAUACGGUACAGCUGCGUCAAGCGCAUCAUCGGGCGAUCGACGCAAGACGGUCGAUUGGCGAACGACAUAAAGCAUGUGCCACACGCCAUUCUGAAAGGCGAGUACCCAAUGCUGCACUCAGAGUUGGAGGAUAUCACGCCAGAAGAAGUUUCCGGCUUUAUCUUGCACAACGCAAGGCAGGCCGUCGAGAAGGACACGAAAAAGGCAGUUUCGGCUUGCGUCAUCGGCGUCCCAGCCUACUUCACCUCUGCGCAACGACUAAGUACACUCGCCUCAGCACAGAUCGGGGGCUUCGACAUCGACAAAGUCCGCCUCGUUGAGGAGCCUGUCACCGCCAUGGUCUACUACAAGCACGCCAACGAAACGGCACAAGAGAUGGACAGCAAACGUGUGCUGGUUCUAGAUCCUGGAGGCGGAACCAUGGACGCGGCACUCGUUUAUUCUGAAGACCAGAAGACCUUUCUCAUCAAAGCGACCGCGGGCAAUAACUGCUUGGGAGGAAUCGACGUGGACCGAAACCUGAUGGAGAUUGUGCUCCGCGAAGCCAAAAAUGCCGUGCAUGAUGCUCCCGAACUCAUGGCUAGCUGCGAGACUGCGAAGAUGGAUCUAGCAGAUGCCGAAACGGUUGAUGUCACUAUUCUGCCGGAAUCAGACCACGAGCAUACCGUCACGAUCACUCAGGACGAUCUGGAGGAAGCUUGCGCCCCGCUCAAAGAUGCCAUCUUGGACGCGAUCGGGGACCUACGCAGACAACAGCCUGACGCUUUGGCAAGUCUCGACUACAUCCUCUUGGUCGGCGGGUCGACCGUGGCUCGUGGCCUGGCGCUGAUCGGUCGCGACGACUCCAUCCAAAUCAUCCCGGUCCUGCCACGUUCCCUCGGUGUAGUGACUACGGAGCCGGAUGGCUCGCACCAGCUCCAGGUCAUCAUGAAACGCAACACGCAGCCACCGAAUACAGCGAAUCGGGACUUCUUCACGAAGGAGGACAAUCAGGGGGAGAUUGAGAUCGAGAUCAUGGAAGGCGACACGGACUACACGAGCAACAUCUCCCUCCAGUCCUUCCGCGUCAAGUUCGGACGUUGCCCGGCGGCUGAAUUCAACUACGAAGUCAUUGAAAGUGAUACGCCAGGCAAGAUUUGA